UGGUCAACUAACGACAUCGAUGGUACAUCCUGAAACCACGAGCAUGCAGACGACCAGCCAAUCUGAAGGGACGUCUCGACACCCUAUUACAACAAUGGGAAACUCUACUACAGUCGACGACAUUGAAAGUACGGGCAACCAAAUGGCAUCUGGAGAUCCCACUACGAGCGGUAAACUCUCAACCGUCGUCGAAACUUCCACCAUUGGGCAAACAACAGGAAAAUCGUCUUCCACUAUUGCUAAUGCAAAAGAAACCCCAACACCGACAACUGAGACCCCUCACAGUUUGUACUGGAUUAUAGGCGCGGCUGGUGGAGGUGCUGUUGUGAUUGUAGUUGUCAUCGUGGCUACUGUGUGUCUUUGCAUUCGCAGCCAAAAAAUAAGACGGUACAGAACGAAGAGCCGAGCAAAAAAUAAGGAUGCUACGCAGGGGGAGUGUGAAGAAAACAGACAAUAGAAAGUGGAUCUUACCUAGCAUAUUAGGAGGUAUUCUUUUCUAGCAUAAAAGCGAAAGUGAAGUUCCGAUAUUUCAUGCAAAACGUCAUAUUGGUUUUAAAGGCAUACCGAAAGGGUAUUCAUCUCGAAGAAAUUUUCAUCUCAGCUGUGGAUUGUAAUCAGAAAAAAAUAUACAAUCUGUGACUUUAUUUUCAUAGACUGACACUUAAUGUGAAAGCAAAGAUAAUAUUUUAAGCCCUUUCUCGAGCAAACAAUAACGAAACAAGCUUCGUCCAAACUGUAAUACAAAACGGGUGAUCAUGGUUUAUUGGUAUCACAUACGAAAGCUUAUUUAGUCAAAAGUCAUAUUGUGUGUGGUAACAGUUUCAAAACAGAUGCUUUCAAUAUGUAAACGGUGAUGGUAUAUAACAGCCUGUUGCUUUUAAAUCUUCAUCU